GGCGAUCGUGCAUUGGUAAAUAAUACGUAGAGCUAGAUUCAGAAUACGUAACUUUGGUAUUUAUAUAGUCAAAGCUAUACUCCAUAACCUAUCGUGUUGUUUCUUCUGCAUUUUGUUGCAUAAAUAGUAAUCCCACAACCGGUAUUUCAUGUUUUCAUCAUUGUAUUUUAUAACAUUGUGAGAAAGCAAAAGUUGAGGUUUGGAAAAAAUGGAAGACUUAGUCGAAAGUAUGGACGUGGAAAUGAUUCCCGUGGCGGAUGACAGCAAAGCUGUUGAUUCGGACCAAGCGAGCGUGAAAACGUUUAAUUUGAACAAUGUGCACAUACCAGAGAAAGAAUCUGAUAGUCGGUAUGAAAAUCGUGGUGGUACAUUUAUGACAGGCAUAGACAUAUUUAGUAGAGAGGAGAAACUGAAAAUGGAAGAGAGAGCCAAACGUUUUGGGUUAACAGACAAGAUAAAAAGCAAUGUGUCAAACCAGGAACAAGAUUUAUAUUCCAGUAUGGGCAUUAUGGAAGACAAUGAAAAUACAAAAAAUAUCAGAUUAAAUGUGAUACAUAUGAGAGGUACGGAAGAAAUGAGCACCAAAGAUGUCUUUAAAUAUUUUGAGGACUAUGCUCCAGCAUCUAUCGAAUGGAUCAAUGAUGUGUCAUGUAAUGUGGUAUGGUUAGAAAAUUUAUCUGCAGCCAGAGCAAUGUUAGGACUAUCGAAAAAAAUUAUUGGCUUGGAGAAGUCGGCUCAAAAAAGCAUAAAGAUGCGCGACAGUAGUCCCGACGAAGAAAAUAAUGUAGCCGUCGAAGACGGUGCUAUAGAAAUGGAGGACGACAAUGAAAGUACAAACACGACAAAAGAUACAUCACAAGGCAACUAUAUAAGUAUCAAGGAUAUUGAUUGUCCAUUGCCUCCUGGCUUAUGGAGAAAAGGUAUAGAUAAUCCAAAAUCUAAAGCAAUAUUUCUUAGGUUUGCUACCAGAGCUGAUAAGAAACAACCAAAUGCGGAAAAAAUGAGCGACUAUUAUAAGAAAUAUGGAAACCCUAAUUUUGGAGGAAUUAAGGGAAUUUUGACCGAAUCUCGUAAACGAGUAUACAAACAAAUUAGGCAAACUAAAAGACGGAUUAAAGAAGAGACGGGAGACGAUAUUACCACAAAGGAUAAAAAACGUGUAAAAAAUCCGUGGGGUGAAUUGUCGGAAAGCUGGGGUCUCGAUGAUUUCGUAGAAGAUGGUUUCGGCACGAGAACCGAACACAAAGAUCAAGGGCGUAGCGUAAAAGAAAGACUGGGUGCUAAGUAUCCUCCGAAAGAACCGGCGCUCGUGGAAGAACAAGAAAGUAGUUCGAGCAGCAGCGACAGCGAGGACGAAUGGCGUAAACGGAGUAAAGUGUUACGAAUGCGAAUGCAUGCAGACGAUGAGGAAGAAAAAAUUCAUAAACGUCGGGCGAAACUUCGGCAACAAACGAUGUUAUGCAACGUAAGCGGUGGCAAUGAUUUACGAGCAAGGCUUGGGAGAUCAAGACCAGGAACACAGUUCCGCGAUGCUAUCCAAGUAGUCGUAACAAAUACUAACGCAACGAAGUUGAAUUCGUUAAAACAUAAUGAUUCGGAGGAGGAAGAUGGGGAGAUCGUAGAAGAUGAUGAGAGCCAAGAAAAAGAAGAGGGCGAAUGGCAAGGAACCGAUGAGGAUGAACAAGAAGAAAAAGAUGAAGACGAAGACUAUAGCGACGAGGAUAGUGACAAACCGGCGAAAGAAGUUCAAGGGCCUAAAGGCAGCGUAAUUAAAGUAGUUCAGCACAAACCUCGCGUAGCCUCUACAGUGUGGGCAAGACUGAACCACGUAAAAAGCGAAGUUAUCGACAACUCUGUCAAAGAUAGGCAAUCGAAGGUACGAGAUCUAAGGAGUACUUUGAAGAGCGGUGAUCUUCGAUCUCGCAUCGGUGCUCACACGAGAGGGCGCUCUCCAUUAAGGAUAGAAGUGAAAAAUGACAAAUACACGGAAGAAGGAAGUGAAACGGAAUAAUUGUUGACUAGAUGAACGAAUUUGUUAGAUGUAUAAGAUAAGGUCGGUGACGUUAUGUUUCAGUGAAGAGUACAGCGUUGUGCAAAUCUUUAUAAUUGGUGUAUAGAAACAUAGAAACUGCACUCAUUACUCCGAAUCUGUUACGUUUAUGUUACCGUUAUUUUUAUCGAAGUAUAUUAAUCUUCGCUCAAAAUAUAUACAAUUUUUAACUAUAAGUUUCAGUUUCGUUUGACCACCUGAGAAGCCCAAUAAUCUUACACUGUCUGUAGAAUACUAUCAGAAAUAGAUAAAAAUUUUAUGUAGCAGGCUUCAGCUACAAAUUUUUCCGAAGAAUUAAAAUAUAUAUAUAUAUGUUUAU